CUUGACGUUGUCCUCCUUUCCCAAACUCUCUCCACAUGUCUGCUUUUUUUUUUGGCUCAAGUCCUGCGACCGUGAAAUGGACGUAAAUUACUUCUUUCAACGACGACCUGCACGUUGACAGACACCGCAGGAGCUCCUAUGCAGUGUUGCCAUUUUCGAUUAGCUUGUUGCUCCCUCGCCAAGGGCGAAUUUAAGCAGCGUUCGAUCGCUACUGAUAGGUGUCGGCAACCCAUACACUAUCCAAACGACGGCCGGGCGCGAGUAUUGCUAGUUAGUAAGUGUAGCUUUAGUGAAUACGCGGUCCGUCCUAGCCUAUGGAUUUGGCCAGCUAGUUGUAAAUCAGCCCCACAGAUUGCGGCAGGUGGUGCUACCAAUGUCUGCAUCUCCCUCCUCUUCUUGUAUCACUAUUCGCUAGCAGCCGUAUGGUGCUUAGUGGAAAAAUUCGUGACUAGUCUCGCAUUAUUUGUCUUGAAGAAACCAGUUUCAUCCUCCAAAGACUACCGUAGUAUGAGUGUAGAUGACGAAGCUAGGAAUUCGUAGGCCAACCCUUCUCCAGUUCGACGCUCACAGACAGAAGCAAGGACCAUUGCGUGCCGCUUGUGCU